GUUAAUGCCCGAAAAGACAGCUCGGUGUGGCAGUCUGCAGGGUGAGCGCGAGGGAGCGGGCUCUUCUCCUUGGACCCGGAGAGGAGGGCAGCCAUGCCCGGGUCUGAAUUCAUUUAAAGUUCAACCACCUGUAAGCAUCUGCGCGCCAGGCCAGAGUCAGUGUCACAGGGCCACGACUGCUCAAGAUAGUCUGUGAAAGGAAAAUAUCAUCGAAUAUGUGACAAGCGGCCGACACGAGAUCUCACGUCACAGCUCGUUUAAAACCCUCGCCGGACUGCAGAAAGCCACUUCCGCCUCCCGCCUGAGCGCGACGUCCCGCGAUGCCGCUGAUCGUGCUGCCCGCCUCUCGGCUGCUCUGGGUGCGCGUGGCCGCCCUGCUGUUCACCUGCGUGGCGUUCAGCGUGGCAGUGCACGGCGCCUCGCUGUCCCACGGGGGCAUGGCGGACUGGUGCAUCUUCUGCUGGGCCUUCAGCUUCGCCUGCACCCUGCUGGUGCUGCUGGUGGAGCUGUUCGGCCUCCAGACGCGGGCCCCGGUGUCCUGGAAUAACUUCCCCAUCACCAUCGCUUGCUACGCCACCCUCCUCUGCCUCUCCGCCUCCGUCAUCUUCCCGCUCUUUUUCCUCAAGGACCAGCGCUUCGUCGGGGAGGUCCGCGACUACCGCAUCGCCGCCACCGUGUUCUCCUGCCUGGCGGCGGUGGCCUACAUGGGGGAGGUGAGCCUGACCAAAGCGAGGCCAGGAGAGGUGGCGGGUUACAUGGCCACGGCUCCCGGGCUGCUGAAGGUGUGCCAGACCUUUGCGGCCUGCAUCAUCUUCAUCCUGGUCAGCGACCCCGUGUCGUACGACCGCCACGCGGCCCUCAAGUGGUGCAUGGCGGUGUACUGCAUCUGCUUCAUCCUCUCCAUGGCGGUGGUGGUGCUGUGCGUGGGCGAGUGCACCGGCUGCCUCCCCAUCCCUUUCUCCAAGUUCCUGUCGGCCUACGGGCUCCUGGCGGUCAUCAUGUACUUGACGGCGACCAUCAUCUGGCCCGUGUUCCAGUUCGACAAACACCACCAGGGCGGCGGCCGAACGUCGGCCAGACUGAUCGCCGUGGCGGUGCUCACCGCCGUCAACUUCCUGCUGUACCUCGCCGACCUGGCCUACACGGCCAGACUAGUGUUCGUCAGCGGCUGAGAGGAGAAGAGAGGACGGGAGGGGAGACACAUUGAUGCACAGAAAUAAAGAUGCUAAGAGGUUGAAUGGCCACAACAACAAAAAAAGCCCAAACAAUACUCAUCAUCCCGUUUGGUGUCUAACAGCAGAAUGAUGGAAUGAGAUUCCCUGUCGUCACAAGGACAGACAAAUCCCAAACUCCCAGUGUGUGUGUGUGUGUGUCUGCAGUGUUUUACCUCUAAUGUGAACGGCCCUGUGCUAAACACAAGUGUAACGUGAACAAAGUCAAAGUAAUCCAAUGAAGUCAACACACUACACCAGCAGAAUGUAUUUACUGUAUUUGAGACACACAGGCCCCCUGGUUGCUGAUGAGGAAGCCCUCUUCAUAACCUAUAUGAUUAUAAAUGCUGUUUCAUAUUUAUUCUCAUAUUAUCCACUUAAGAUCUUCUUUGUUGCCAAAGUUUUGCGACAAUUUGUAAAAAGAAAGUUUUAAGUUUCCAAGUGAAUUUCAAGUGUUGCUUGUGAAAAGCUAAAGUGUCAGUGUUGAAGCAUUUGAAAGAAUGUAAUGUGAGAUAAUAAAGUUUUCACUUUAA